UGGAAGGUGCAGCUUAAGGUGCCAUGCCGUGUCUAUUUUUGUCUAUUUUUGUCUAUUUUUGUUUAUUUCCCAAAUGUUUUAGUUAACUAUUGAUUUUCUUAUUUCCCAAAUGUUUGACUAUCGAUUUUCUUAACGUCAAACAAACGCAACAAUCAUUCGCAUAACGGAAAUAAUCCUCCCAUCACGAUAACUAGUUACAGAUGAGAACUGAGAACGUGGUAAAAUGACCUAGUUAUAAGUUGAGUUAUUAAGUUAGUUACACAUUCACCACAAUCCGGCAAUUACUAAAUGCGGUGCUUUUCGAUGCUUUUCGAUAUUCAUUCCACACAUCAUACGAUGGCAUCAGAAUCAUACGACAACAUCGGUCAUCAGCACCUCCGUCAAGCCCGCCGCCAAACCUAAGUAAACCACCUUACCAAAAGGUAUCCCAACUCGUUAAAAUGGCCAAUCUACCAUCCAUUCACUCGCCUUCUCCUCCACUCAUUCUCCCCGAAUGAAACAUGAGAAUACGACGAAGUCGCUUGCAUCUUAUAUUGAUAUCUUUCACCAUCGGCUUCAUUACCGCAAUCCUGUGCAUGGUCUUCUUCCGACCGAGCUUCGCUACCGGACUAAGACUAAGUCGCAUCCCCAUAAUAUUCGGUAAACUCAACCACAACCCUUUCUCAACCACCGGAAUGGCGUCAGGUUCCAAGAAACCAGUUAUAGUGGUCGGCUCGGGCCUUGCCGGGCUCUCCGCCGCCUACGAGGCGCUCAAAGCAGGGGCAUCGGUGCGCAUGCUCGACCGCGCGCCCAAGCCGGGCGGGAACAGCAUCAAAGCCUCGUCCGGGAUCAACGGCGCCGGGACCCGGUUCCAGCACGCGCAGGGCAUUUCCCAGGACGACACUUUCUACGCCGACACCGUGCGCUCCGCCGGCCGCAGAUUCACCGAGGCCAGCCCCGCGGGCGUCGAUCGCAAGGCCCUGGUGGAGCUGCUGACGGGCCGGUCCGAGAGCGCCGUGAACUGGCUCGCGGACGAGGUCAGUGUCGACCUUAGCGUCGUCGCACAGCUGGGCGGCCACUCCGUCCCACGGACGCAUCGCGGCGGCGGGAAGCUGCCGCCCGGCGCGGCGAUAGUGUCGGCGCUGCUCGAGAAGCUGAAGGCGAACCCGAACUUCUCGCUAGAAAACUCGGCGGAAGUCGACGAGCUGCUUACCGGCAGCGAUGACGCGGUAAAGGGGGUGGGCUACCACGUUUCCGAAGGCGAGGCACAGGAGCUCGAGGGGGCGGUGGUGUUUGCGGCGGGCGGAUUCGCCGGCGACGCGCACGGGCUGCUGUCGAAGCACCGGCCCGAUCUAGCGGGCAUGCCGUCGACGAACGAGGCGCGGCCCGCUUCGCACGGCUUGCUCGCCUCCCUCGGCGCCGCGUUCGUCGACAUGGACAGCGUGCAGAUCCACCCGACGGGGUUCGUGGACCCCAAGGACCCGGGCUCCGCGUACAAGUUCCUUGCCGCGGAGGCGCUGCGCGGCGAAGGCGGGAUACUGCUCUCGAGCACCGGCGAGCGCUUCAUCAACGAGCUGAACACGCGGGACGUCGUCAGCGACGCGAUCAUGGCGAUGCAGCACUCGACUGUAGGCUCGACGCGGCAGUGGGACGUCACGCUGCUCCUCGACCCCGGCGCAUGCGAGGUCGCGGCGUCGCACAUCGGGUUCUACGUCUGGAAAGGGCUCGUGCAGAAGAAGAAAGUCAAGGACCUGUCGCCCGAAAUCAUCGCGUCUGUGGAUAAGUACGCGGCCCUAGUUGCAUCGUCUUCUAAAUCCGAAAGCGUCGAUCCGUUGGGCCGGAAAGCGUUCGGGCACUGGAGAUUACCCCCUGGCGAGGCGAACCGCGACGAGGAGGUGUGCGUGGGUACCGUGACACCGGUGGUGCAUUUCACGAUGGGCGGCGUGGCGUUCGAUACGCAGGCAAGAGUUCUACGGUCGAAGGAGGGGGGCGAGACGACGCCGAUAGCUGGGUUGUGGGCUGCGGGUGAGAUCACGGGGGGUAUACAUGGCGCGAAUAGGCUGGGCGGGUCGUCGCUGCUGGAGUGUGCUGUGUUUGGGAGGAUCGCGGGAGCGGAGGCUGCGAAGAGUGUUGUGGGUGUAUGAUAAUGAUUCGGAAAUUGCAAAGGUACCUAGUAUGGAGGAGGGUCACGGGGGUUAUGGAUAGAGGUGCAAGCGUAGUGUUUUACACCUGUAUAGAGGCAUGGUACGGUAUCCAGAUAGUUGGAUGAAAAUAAAAAAUAUGUACCUAUCAUAAUUCUAAGACAGGAAUGUUACAUGCAUCUACUACUAGUACUACCUACCUACAUAUGUACGGAUCUCGUUUGGCAAGAAACGGCAAUUCAAAAGGCCAAUGCUACCUAAGC